CAUCUAGACCAUCACGUUUUCAACUUGCUGUUAUCGCGGGGCUGGCAACGCAUGUAGCAGACACCGCAUGUAGCAGGCACCGCAUGUAGCAUUAAGCGCGCAGACGAUGCCGGCCGUCGCGCCCUAGCCUAGAACUUGUCGAGAGGAUAGAGAGCGCUAGGCAGAGCUCCAUUUCCUGCCGCUGCUCUUUAUUUUUGCUUCGCUCCCCCCCUCAGAGAAUGAAGAAAUCAAACGACGAUCACGCUAGCGCUGCUCCUCUCGUCGCCUUCUCGUCGUUGCAGUCUGCGUGCGUCAGGCCUUCUCAGCCUUCCGAUCCUUCCGAUCCUUCCGAUCCCUACAAACGUUACACGCGAGAGCGACGAAUUGAUGCCGAUGCUGACGCUGACGUUGACGGUGGCGGUGACUGGUCUCCCCAGGUCGUGAUCUCGCACUCCCAAGCAGCGCGUCUGGUCGUCAGUUCGGCCCUGCUUCUCGCGAUUCUUCUCGCUCUCGCCUUCCACUUCGGUCGACAAUCGUCCUCGCGUCAACUGCUCCGACUGAACGCAGGCGGACAUAAUUUUCCGUCAGGCUUCCCGAAUUCUGUCAGGAACGGACUAAACGCACUGACGAUUUCCGUCAACUCGUCUCGUCGUCGCAUUCUUGUCUCUGACGGAGAAUCGAUUUCCACGUCAGCAGGAAGCCUCCCAGCUGUAGCGAAUGAAUCGCAGCCGUCAGCGGCUCGCACAGAUGGAGACGCUUCUCCAACGGACACGUCAGCAGUGAAAGAUUCUGAGGAAAUCGAGUUUUGGGAUGCGAAUGCAGCUGACGAAAAAGAUGCUCAAGCUUCGAACCUGAGCGCGCAAGGUUCGAACCUGAUAAAGAAAUUAACGGAUGGAGGUUCGGAGGGGGUCGAUGGUAGUGGCUCGGGUGACAGUAGCGAGGGUUACUAUACCGCGGACGGGGUGGAGCGGCUGCAGGACCCGUGUGGGGGCAUUGGAGGCAGCAUCAGCUACAAACGAGGCAGCUACAAUCGCAGGUGCUACAAUCGAUGCCACAGACGGACCAAGUCGGGGUACUGCGUGAAGGAGUUGUUAACGCUCUAUGAUGAUGCGUACAGCCCCCUGUGGCCGGCACGCGUUGACCUGCUGAUCCGGAGCUAUGUGUCGGACAAUUUCUUCCUUAUAGCGUUCCUCUUUGCAAGCAUAGAGCAGAUGUGGCCAGCUGGCAUUGGUGACGUCAUCCUGGUGCUGGAUGAGAAUGAUCGCCAUGUGGAAGACAUUGUGCCGACCUGGGUCAAGGUGUACUACGAAAAGAACUAUUUGGACCUGCCCGGGAAGAUCCUCCAGCAGUGGAGCUACCUGUGGGCCGACAACUACACCACAGCGCCGUACAUCGCCAUCAUUGACGAUGACGUCAUCUUCAACCUCAAAGUCACUCCUGGCCUCCUCUUUAAUCUUACCAAUGGCAAGCCGUACGUGAUUGGCAGCAAGCAGCUGCAGAACCACCACUGGAAGCCGUCCUCGUGGUACUUCGUGCACCACUACUUCGCCAACUUCAUGGUGCAGCUGCCCUUCGUCUUCCCCCGAAGCGUGCUGCCGAGGUUCAGGCAGCACACGGCCAGGCGACACAAGAAGAGCUUUGACGCCGCUGUCAAGAACUAUGCGGAGCACGGGCCGUCCUUUGAAAAGACCCAGAUAGCGCACACGACACUGGGAAACUACAUGUGGUUCUUCGCCAAUGAUUCUGUGCACUGGGCUCUAGAGUGGAAGCAGGAUGUCACGCCCAUACCUCGGGUGGGUGUACACGUCCCAUACACCCAGAAGUUUCGGGACGCUACACUGAACAAUUCAGCGCCGGAGUACCGCCUAGUGAAAGCGUAUGUUGAUGUUACAGGGUGGUAUGCGCAUGAAGCAAUGUGCCACGCUUUUCCCAAAGGGGAACUGAGGAAUUGCGACGAUGUGAUGAGGUGGCCCCAGACCCAUAUAUGGAGGUACGUUAUGGAUUGGAAUGAUUGGCCUAUGAUUCGAAAGCACAUAAGGGGAGGAACAGUCUUGUAUGACCGCUAUAAGUGGGAAUUGCAGUGCAUGUAUAAUCGGGUUGUGGUUGCGAGAACCCAGGAGUGGACGGAUAGGGUGCAGGAGAAGCGGAAGGUUUUUGUUGAGGAGUUGAGAAGAAGCUGUGUUGUCAACAAUUCUAUUGUGUGAUAUUAUUAUGUGGUACAAAAACAUUUUGGGCUCCCUUUGCGGAGUUUCUCAUCUCAUAAAUUCUUAGUUUAUUG